CCAUCAUGAGUUAUAAUGGAAAUGCAUUAUUGACACCUUCACGAUAUGGUGGUGAAUCUUGGAAUGCUUAGACAUGCUUCACUGCUUAAGAGGACUAUUUUGAAUGUUUAGAUAGAGAAAAUUCAACUAAUGGUAAUUGAAUUAUUAAUCCAGUCAAUCGUAAACUUUGUGGAAGAGAACAUUAAUUAUGGAAGGAAACAUGUCCAGAUAGUGAUAGAAGAGCCUAAAUGAUAUUUAGAAGACUUGAAAGACAAAAUUAAGCAUUGUAUACAUCAGAAUAGCUCAGAUAAUAUAAUAAUCAUUAAAACAAUAGAAGCUUCAAAUGAUU